CCUGUGUGUGCACACACACAAAGGAUUCAGGCAACUGCAAUUUUUUUCUUUUAUCAGGUAUUUUAGCUCUGACUUUGUUCGUUGAAUGUUGCAUAUCAAUGAUACACACAAUUGCUUUUUAAGCAUGAUGCGGUGCUCUUAUAACGGAGCCACUGGUUGAUAACUACUCGUGAUUGAUAAUCUCUAAUGAUUAUGCCUGUGUAGUAAUUGAAGGAAAAGUAAACAAUAGCCUCUGGGGAAUCCAGUGACUGCUGCAGCGCACGUCAGACUGGCAUCACUCCUCGCGCUCAAGGCUGUUCGUGCACACGCGUAAUGUAAAGAGCAGUCAGACACAGGGGCUUCUAGUGGACAUUUCCCCAUUCCUCCAAAUGCAUAACUGGUGCAAAGUUUGUCAAGGUGUUUGCUUAUAAACUGUAUACAUAUAUAUAAAGAAUCUUGGCAGAAUAGCCCUUACUCGUAGACAAUAUUUUUUCAGAUGUGCUAGAAGGCGCCGAGAAGUUGGAGAUAUGGAUUUUCAUUUCAAGGAGUGAAUUUCUCAAUUUGGAAAGACCACCAUGAGCAGGUUGCUGUGCCUUGCCUCCGAGCCAGAAGGAGAAAUACCACUGUGCUACUGACAGGAAUUUUACGCGCAGCUGAACAAGGAUGCCAGAGGAGCUCGCAAACUGCAGCGUGUGUUGCUGUACCACGACCAGUAAGAUACUCAUGGUGGUCUUCAUGAUAUCACUGAUACUUGCUAUACUCUUCGGGAACCUCCUGACAUUAGCAGUGGUCGUUGGAACGAAACACUUCCACACUCCACAGGGUUAUUUAAAAGCCUCACUGGCCGUGGCAGACCUAGCUGUGGGGAUUUUUGUGGUGCCCGUCUCCGUUUACGCAGAAGUAUCUCUCAUGAUCUACAAUUCAAUGCCAGAGUGGACAGCGCGCAAUUCCCAAGCCACACCUCUCCACCCGUGCAAUUUUAUCGGACCUGUGUUUGCGGGAUGCACUUUAGUUUCCAUUACAACAAUUUUCCUCCUGACUAUUGAAAGGAGCAUUGCCGUUUUGAGGCCACUGCACAAGGAAUCAGUCAUAACUAAAAAAAGAACAAGCAUACUAAUAGUCUUUUCCUGGAUGGGCAGUUUUUUCCUGGCAAUAUCUCCAUUGGUUUUCAGCGAUCAAAUCGCGCUGGAGUACAAUCCUUGCAGUCGCAUGUGCAAUUACGCGCUUGGAAGCGCAGACUUCCCUUCCCAAGCAUGGAACAUUCUCUUACUUUUCCCUGCCUUUGAUUUUACGCUACUCGGAGGUACUAUUGUCAUCAAUAUCAUAUCCCUCACCACAAUCCGCCAGCAUUCAAAAAGAAGAAAACAUCUUGCAGAGAACGAGAGUCAAAGCUCAACGAAACCAACCUUCUCCGACAUCAAGGCUGCCAAGACGAUAGGCACUCUGACGCUGGCUUUCACCGCUUCUUUCACUCCCAUCGCCGUGUUUGUAGUUGGAAAUGUGCUGGGAAAUGAAUGGUGCAAUUUUGCGUUUUUUGCCUUUUGGAUUUUGACCUCAAACAGCUGCUGUAAUGUUAUUAUAUACGGCGCGAGGGACCAGAAGUUUAGAAGUCGCGCGUAUCAGCUGCUCAUAUCCGCUCAAUUUAACACUGCGCCUAAGAAGACUGAGUAUGAAAACACUGUAAAUGGAGGGAAAGACAAUGAAGAAAUAGUCAAGCAAACCUAAUUAAUGAUAUAACUGAGCAGUAGCCCGAUUCAGGUGGUGCUUAUUAUAUUUAUUACAGACCCCUUAGUAUCUGGUUUCUAGCUGGGCAUUAGAUGGACCAAGCUGGUUAAAAUGGCUUAUAGCUGGUUUGUUGCUGCUCCUGGGUCCAGACCAGCUAGAAACAGUUUCCAGCUUAACCUGCCAGCUUUUUUAGUCCCCCUGGAUCAACUUGAGGCUUACUGGCUUUCUUGUAGACACAUUGAGGACAUGGGCCAUUCCUUGUAAUCAAAUGUUAUGAUUAUUAUCCUAGCCUAGAUUUGCAACCGUUAGGCCACAAGAUGCCUAUUGAAGCCAGUGGAAUUUAAGGCCUUCAUAACCACCUGGCAUAUGUCACUAUUCUCAGGUCCCCUCUUUUGAUUUAUUCUAAACUUUGCAUGACUCAUAGCAUUAUGUCACAUGAUUUCACCUUGUACUUGAAUAUAUCCAUAAACAUGGAUCAUGACAGUCCCACGAAAAAAAAAAAGUGGUGGGGUCAUCAUACACAUUACAUGGAUGCUCCUCUAGAAUUUUAAUUUGACAUCUUUUUUUCAUUGUGGAGAACUGAUAUUUUGAGACAUUGUGGCUUAAAUUAAAUGUGUGGAUAUACACUGGUCAAUAACUGACACUUAUAAGGAUUAAUGUAAAAACAUAAAAAGUAUACAUUAUUAUAGGGUUCAUUGUUUAUUGGCUUGUGUAAUUUUUAUAAUAAAAACCUAGGUUAGUGUUAGAAGGCUGUGUCAUAAAAGACAAAUGCAUUUUCUCAUCAGUGUAUUCAUAUCAAAUGUGUAAUUUGUAACUCUUGUCAA